AAAGAAGAAGAAACACCGGUAGUGUUCACAUGUGUUUGUGUAACAUGUAAAGAAAGUCAGUCGUGUGUCCUCUGAAAUGACAGAGUCGCGUCCAUGGCGGCUCACCUGAAGAAGCAGUUAAAAGAUGCAGUCAAGGUCCUCGGCUCAGGUGGCCUUCUGUUUGCCUCCUACCUGACUGUGGUUGGGGAUGAGCGUUUCUAUGCCAACCAACUGAUGCCCCUGCUGCAGAGGAUUGUGGGAGCAGAGGCUGCACAUGUGUUGGCAGUGAAGAUGAUCGGUCUGGGUCUGGUUCCUCUAAAUCGCUACAAGGACCCUGCAUCACUGGAAGUAAACACUCUGGGAUUAAAGUUCAAAAACCCUAUUGGCAUUGCAGCGGGCUUCGACAAGCACGGAGAGGCUGUGGACGGCUUGUACAAAAUGGGUUUUGGCUUUGUUGAAGUGGGCACAAUCACUCCCAAACCUCAGGAGGGGAACCCCAAACCACGCGUGUUCCGACUUCUUACAGAUCAUGCCGUCAUUAACAGAUAUGGAUUCAACAGCUGUGGUUUGGCAGAAGCACGGCAGCGGCUGAAGACGAGAGAAGAAACGCAACAAGAGCAAAGUAAAGCUGGCCUUCCCCUGGGCAUCAACCUGGGGAAGAACAAGCUGUCCCAGGACGCGGGGGCAGAUUACUUGGAGGGGGUGAGGACGAUGGGCCCACUGGCGGACUACCUGGUGAUUAACAUCAGCAGUCCUAAUACGCCCGGUCUGCGAGAUCUGCAGGGGAAAGCUGAGCUCCACAAGCUCCUAAAUAUAGUGCUGAAGGAGCGCGACGCCCUGCAGGGACAACACAAGCCUCCUGUCCUGGUGAAGAUUGCUCCCGACCUCACUGCGCAGGACAAACGAGACAUUGCUGAUGUCGUCACUGAGCUGGGAGUGGACGGGUUAAUGGUGACUAACACCACCGUGUCCAGACCGGAGACGCUCCAAGAUCCACACAAGUCUGAGGUCGGCGGGCUGAGUGGCCAGCCGCUCAAAGACCUCGCUACCAGCACUGUACGAGAGAUGUACUCUCUCACCAAAGGUAAAAUUCCAAUUGUGGGUAUUGGCGGCGUGGCCAGUGGGCGGGAUGCUAUGGAUAAGAUCCGAGCUGGUGCCUCGUUGGUUCAGCUGUACACGGCUUUGACCUAUCAGGGUCCACCUGUAGUGACAAAGGUCAAGCGGGAACUGGAGCAACUUCUCAAAGACGAAGGUUUCAGCAGCGUUUCCGAGGCAGUGGGGGCGGAUCACAGAGGAGCGGACGCGGGAACCCCCUCCAGGUUAGCGUCGCUGCGCUCCAGGCGAAUGGUUGGGGGCACUCUGGCCCCUCAUGUCCCCUGGCAGGCCAUGGUCUACAUUUCUGACUCCGUGCUGGACGGUGGCUACGCGGGCGGCGCUCUCGUCUCUGACCGCUGGGUUCUGACGGCUGGCAGGAACCUGUUUGUCAGGAAGAGUCGACAGGAAAUUCAGGGCAAAGAGCCCGUGAUGCCUAAAGUGUACCUGGGAAUCACAGGGCGGCCAGAAGCAAAUGCAGCCAAAGAGGUCGCAGUAGAGAGGAUUGUUCUCCAUCCAAGCUUCCAGAAUCAUUCCGACUGGGACAAUGACCUGGCUCUGAUCCAGCUGAAGCAGCCCGUGGUUAUGAGCAAUAAAGUGACGCCCAUCCCCCUGCCUGAGAGAGGACAGGACCUGGACAACACCGCGGACGGGUUAGGGGCGAUCGCCGGCUGGGGAUGGGGCAUCCACCUCAGCCUCGCUGCAUCACUCAAACACCUCAUACUCCCUCUGGCCAAUCAGUCUGAAUGUAAAGCAGAAUACGAGCGUAACGCUUUCGCGCCAGAUGUGGACGACAACAUGUUCUGCACAGCAACUGCAAUGGACAGGGAGAACGUUUGUUUCGGUGAUGCGGGAGGUGCUCUGGCGGUCAAACACCCUGAAACUGGUGACAUUUACGCUGCAGGGAUCCUCUCCUACGACAAGGCCUGCGGCACUCACAAGUACGGUGUCUACACCAAGGUCUCGUCAUAUUUACCCUGGAUUCACAGUGUCAUCAGGGGAGACACAGAGAAAUCCUUGGCUGUGCGCACUGGUGCAAUGUCCAAAAUGUAUUCCUGGCAGCAGCAGCAGCUGUAGAGCUUCAGG